AUGAAAUGCUUAAAAACGAGAUACGAUACAAGGCAAAGGAAGUGUCCAAAAUGUAAUGCUGGCUUUGGUGCGAAUGAUUUCCAUAGGGUCUACAUAGGGUAA